AUGGGAUUCAUGUUACCGUCUCCCACCAACCCAAGAGAGCACGCUCGUGCGCUCAUGUCCCAAAAAGAGAACAUCGAGGCCGAACUCGAUGCGCAAUUUUCUAUCCUUAAAGCCAAUAACAUUGACAUGACCACGCCCCUGGUUGAUCGGGAAGGAUUUCCUCGGGCAGAUGUCGACUUAUACGCCAUACGGCAUGCCCGUAGACGCAUCAACGAGCUGCGAAACGACUACAAAGUCGUCAUGAAUGAGAUUGAGAAAGCUCUCCAGGCGGUUGCGCAGCACACGGGAGUAAGCGAAACUGUGGAAUCGCUAUCUGCUUUUGCAAGAGUGGAUGGCGUAGCCCCGAGUAGUCCCGCAGCAGAAGCGGUACGUUGUUUGGAUCCCUCGCACGGCUCUUCAUUUACAGCCAAUUCUUUGCAACCGCUGGCCGAUCUAGUGAAUGUCAACGAAAAUCGUGAGCUUGAGGUCGUGAUAUCAAGGUCGGAGGAAAUCAUGCCAUUAAAACUCAUCCCGCGCAAAGGGUGGGGUGGGCGUGGCAUGCUAGGGUAUGAGAUCUCUGAUCGUUUACCUGACAUGAGUUAA